CCCAAAAUUAUAAACCCUACAACCCUUCCUCAAAUCUCACACAACAUCAGACCCUAUUUUCCCUAACCAUCAACAGUGCAACCCCCUCUCAUUUUCUUCUUCACCUACCAAUACACAUAUACAACAUAUCUCAAACAAAAGAACAGAGACAGACCAAGAAAAGAAAAUCGGAAUCUCCUCUCAAAAAGAAAAACCCAUCGGCAGACCAUUCCCCCAUCUCCCCUCACACUCGUCUCUCACCACCUUACACACACGCACACAAAAGCAUUUAGAAACCAAAAAAAAGCAUUUAGCAACAAAAAAAAAACAAGAAUAAAUUGGAAGUUCUGAAAGAUUUUGAAGCUGAAAUGACAGAAGAGGUUUCAAAACUAGAAGAAAAUCGGGGGAACAGGGAGUUUCGAAGACUUUGCUGAUUUUCGCUGCUUCAUCUCUCCAAUUAUGGGUUUUCGAGUUUUGAUUUUGAUUUUAGAAGUUGAAGAUGCGUUUGUUGUUUCUACUUUCGCUGAGCUCCAGCUUUCCCUUCGCCUUUAUUUGGUUAUUCAGGUUUAUCUCUACUGCUGUUUAGAGGAUGAGCACUAUUGAAAAUGAACAUUUCAAAGUUGUAGAGGAAAUCCUGAUAGGACUCCAUAUAUGGUGGAAUGAACUGGGGGAAGUCAGCAGAGGUGCUGCGAUAAAAGCUUUAGGCGGGCUCAUUGGUCUCUUGAAGAUUAAACCAAGGUUGGACAUAAUUGAAGCUUUGACACCAUUUUGGGACCCGGCACACAAUGUGUUCCAUUUCUCUGAUUUUGAGUUAACCCCUACAUUUGAAGAGAUAGCCGGCUAUGUUGGCCUUAACGGGAAUCUCAGGAGCCGAUACCUAGUGGCACCAAGAGCUGUAACUCCUCACAAGUUUCUGGAUCUUCUGAGUAUUAGUCGGGAAGUCAAAGAUGGAAAUUUGGCUGAAGGAUUUUGCACAUUCUACUUCCUAUACCGCCGUUAUGGGGACCCCCACAAUUUUGAGGCUUUGAAUACCGGUUUAAGUCAUCAAGGUAAUAAAGGCAAAUGGGAAGCACGUCGGGGACUGGCCUUCGUAGUGGCAUUCUUAGGCACUCUAAUAUGCCCAAGGAGUGAUGGACAUAUAGAGUUGGGGCUCGUAGGAAUAGAUGACUUCAUGAUCAAAAAGGCUAAUGGCACUAUUAUACCAAUGAUCCUAGUAGAAAUUUAUCGAGCUUUAACUGUUUGCCAAGUAGGGAGAAAAUUUUUUGAGGGUUACAACAUGCUUUUACAACUUUGGAUGGAAGAACACCUUUGCCAUCGUCCGGGGUACAUGAACUAUGUUAUGACUGGUCUUAACUGCAUUGAAGAACAUGAAAAACGGGUGGAUGGUCAUGAGUUUCAAGAAGGUACGGAGGCAUGGUUUGCACAUUUGAAUUCCUUGACAACAAGCAAAUUGAGUGGACAUUCGGUUGGAUCCCGGUCAACGAAUUUAUCUAUAUGUCGGCCGGAGUGUACUUUCUUUUAUUAAUGGGCCUUCAGAGUAUUCAGUCGUAUGCUCCACACAGAGUUCUGCGCCAGCUAGGCAGGUACCAAACUAUCCCUCAUGAUGAAAAUUUGAGUCGACAAGUCAUUGAACUAGGUCCAAAAGCUGCAUUCCCGGAAGAAAAGGUUUGCCAAAUUUAGUAUCAAUGUAGGUUUCUGGAGCCAUAGACUCGAGUACGGGAUUUGUCCAAGGGUGAGGUAGAGCCUAGCUACACGGCCUGGUAUGGUAAAAGGGUUCAAGUACAUCAAGAGCCUAAGCAGCCUGCCAAAAGGCCCCACGUACAACAGUUCACUGAUGCGGAACAAGAACAAUGGGAUUGGUUAGUAAAGGAGAAAAGCUACAAGGUUACAAUAAGCAAAUUAGAAGGGUAAAUCAGAGAUCAUAAAUUUGAUAGUAGUGUGCAGGCUGCUACUGAUGAAGGAGAGAAGAAAAAGUUGGCCCAAAAAAAUGAAGUCCUCCGAGCACAGAUUCAAAGGAUGAAGAUAGCUGCUGAAAACCCAGGAAAGAGCCAAACAGAUGAAAAACUUAUAAACGGUCGCAGGAGGAAAGUAUGUGAGUAUGGGACUGAUUUGGAAAAAUACAAAGGUAAAUUGGCAAGAGCCCGAGCAAAGAUGGUGAAGAACGCAGAAGGACGGGCAUGGUUUGUUCAACAAUUAAAAGAAAAAUAUGAUAGAGAGGUCGCAAAUCUAAAGAAAAAGCUAACUACUCUCGAGAAUGAAAUGGCUAAACAGACAAAGAACUUCAAGGCAGAGCGAGAACAUUAUUAUGCAUUGAUGUCUCGACUAGAAGAGGACAUGCAACAGUUGCAGGAGCAAAGCCAUAAUGACACCCAAGUUCUGAAAGCUAGGUCUCAAUAAAUUGGACGCCUGCUCCAAGAGAAAGGCAUCAUUAAAGAAAGGGUUAGAGAAAUUGAUGAUUAUAUCGUCAUGAAAUGCCAUGAGUACGAGGAUAUGACUAGAUCCACUUUCUUCGUUGCAGUGAUGACCUUCGUUCGCCAGAUAAUGGAUGACCUGGAUCGCCUCCAAGGAGAUCUUGCACGUAGGCGCGCAUCGAGACCGACUGAUGCCCCCCUGGAGUAGUUUUGAAGGCACUUAUGUAUUCCUGAUUUUUCUUUUUGAGUUUGUAUUUCUAUUUUUUUAGAGUCUGUCAGUCUACUUUGAGUCUGUUUUCUUUGCUUUUUAGUUCUGAAGCCUGUAUGAUGGAGUUGUUGUAAUAGAGUAAAAU